AACAGCAUGACAUAAAACGGAACUGUUGAAAUGACAUGCACGUCUAAAUCUGGCUCCUCUAUGCCCUCCUCUCCGCUAUCUGCAUGAUACAUCAUCAAUGAUCAGGCUGGGGACAGACGGCGCACCUCAGUAUGGAGCGCAGUUCACAAUGCAGUUCUCUAUUGGACACGCAUGGAGGAGGGAGGUGUGAUACAGAAGAGAAGAAGGACUUUAUAUGAGGCUGUAUCUGGUUUCGGUGAAAGCCUGUAGAUUUCCUGUAUAGGCCUGAGCUGCAGAGUAUUCAACAAACAAGUGGAGGACGUGAAGACUUGUAAAGGUAAAAUGUCCAGAGUAAAGAAUGACUUUCAACUUACCACCGCUGAAGACAACGAGAGGGUUGGUCCUGGUCAUGAUGUCACCCUCCACUGUCACCUCUCCCCCAAAACCAGUGCGGUAGUCAUGACGAUCAGGUGGUUUAAGGGGACAGAGUGCAUUUACCUGUAUAAGAAUGGCCAGGUGACAGAGAGCGUUGGCUACGAGGGCAGAGUCAGUCUGAUCACGCCGGAGCUGGAGGGAGGCAACGUGUCCCUGAGGCUGAGAGACUUCAGGAGGUCAGACGUAGGAAGGUACAGAUGUCAGGUUGUCCAUGGAGAACAGAAGGAGGAGGCUGCAGUGGGUUUAGAGGUUGCUAGUGGAUCACGAUUGGACUUUGCCAGGUUAUAUGGAGCGGCUUUGGGACAGGUCUCUGAAGUGGCCCAGCCAGAGCCCGGACUUGAACCCGAUUCAACAUCUCUGCAGGGACCUGAAAAUAGCUUGGAGCACUCCAAAGGAGACGAUAGAGGGGUGCUGGAGAGAAUGGAGGAGCUGUUUGGGGAGGGUUGUUGGGAAAGCACUGUGAUUCUAUUCACCCAUGCUUGA